CCAAGCCAAAAGGUUGUGUGCCUCGCAACAGCAACAGCGACAGCAACAGGAGCAACUGAAGCAACAGCACGGCAGCAACAUCAAACAUCAACCGUUUACAGUUGAACAUUCAAAAGAAUAAAUAGCAACUGGGAAACGUGCAACAAGUCACAGGACAAUAUUUUUUUUUCAAAGUGCCAAAUAUAUAUGAAGUGUGUUUCUGUGUGUCGAGUUUACAAUACAUGUACCAGAGUAUUUAUUUUUUUUGUGAAUUAAAAGCAAUGCAAUAGUUAUCCGAGCACCCCCAUCGAAUCACUUAAAUUACCUGAAAGCAGCCACGGAAGUACAACAAAUCAGGAUACCACAUACCUGAUCUACUCAUCAUACCUAUAAUGUAUAGCACAUUGAACCAUUAAGCCAUUCACUGAGGACCUGACUAGCAACAGACGAUUUAACUAACGUUGAUCAAAACAAAAAAAAAGAAACUACUAAAACUAAAAAGAAUACAAAGAGAAAAAACGUUGAUGCCAGCGAUAUUUUAAAUGCGAAAGCCAAGGGAAAAGAGAUCAUAAGCCAACAAGGUAACCAAAACAGAGGAAUCCUAACUCAAACUCAAUCGAGGCUGAAGACACCAAAGAAGACAAAUUAAGCAUUGUAUCUCUGUGUCUCUGUGUGUGUAGCAAACCCAUCAGUACCACCCCCCUCCAAAAAUCAAAAAAAAAAAAACCCAAAAAGCCCCACUGAAAAAUAACCCACGAAUACAAAAAUACAGACCCAAAAAUCACCGCCAUUUCGGCUAGCCGAAAACCACGAAAGAAAGUCGCAAUCAUUCGUAAGAACUCGAACAUUAAAUAGACCGGAAGGAGGAGGAUAGGGCCGGAAAUAGCCGAGUAAAGGAGGGCCGCAGGAGCGGCAGGAGCCGAAGGAUACCGCUCACGUUCGAGGAUCGGCGGGCGCUGCCACAGAAACCAGAACAUGCGCCAUGUCAAAACUGCGGCAUUACCGGUCCAUGGAUCAGCCGUGCAGCAGCACCUGCGUGGUCAUACGCAAAAAGACUAUGACAGCCAUUUGCUUUGUGUGCAACCUGCCCAUCAUGUCGCACCAAGUGGGUUUGGUGUGGCAGGGCGGAAACGGCUGGGACGAUCUUGUGCGGGAGCAGCUGGAGGAGUCCACCAUACGGCAGCGGUUGGGCGGACGACGGGACUCGGCGGCCCAGAUCACCACCCCGCCGAGCACCUCGCCGCCGCCAGGACUGCAGCGCCGGCGGCGCAGCUCGCUGGCCCAGCUGACGGACAUCCUGCGGGAGUGGAGCGGCGGCACCAAGCAGCAGCAGCAGCACCACUCGCAACAGCAGCAGCAACAGCUGCAGCAAGCAUCCCGCUCCAAGGCGCAGCUGAAUCGCCGCGAAACGCUCGCGGAUCUGGCGCGCAGUCUGCCCUGGCGCACCUCCACCACCACCGAUGCGAGCACGGGUGCCGGGGGAUCGGGUGGUGGCGGCUGCACCACCUACAUGGCGCCACGAAAGCGACGCGAAUCAUCCGCGGACUCGGGCAUCCGGAGCAUGAGGUCGCGACGAGACUCGAAUACCGCCGAGUUCGUCAGGCACUGGAAUCGGCGCGAGAGCGGGGCAGUUGAGGAGCAGCCCAGCGUCUCCGUGCCCGUCGUCGUCGAGUGCUCUAAAAGCGCAUCCCGGCGCGGAUCCGGUGAGAGCUACCUGUCCAGCAGUCGGCGCGAUAGCAAUGUGGCCGGUCGGGUGACCACGCCACCGCCACCCGGCAAAUACCAGAUGGCCAAGAAGCGCGACUCACUGGCCGCGCCGGAAUUCCCAAACUUUCGGCAGGAGCAGCGCCCGUCCACCAGUUCCGCCGGCUCCUGUUCGGACCACUCCAUGCCCCUGAUAUCGACGCACUCGAGCACUCACCACCUGGCCCAUCAGCAGGUGGACUCCGCAUGCCAAGCCCUGCCGCCGCCAACGAUCAUCACCAGCUCCGUGACGCCACCGGCAACGAGUCCGACGGCGCCGAAGGGUCGCCGCGAUUCGCAGACGCAGUGCGGCCGGGUCAAUCGGCGGGAUUCCAAGGCAGGCGUCAGUCCGGAGCGGGCGCCACGCCUCCAGCGGCUGCAACGCCAGGCGACCGCCUUCGACGAGGGCUGCCUGCCGGGCGGCAGUAGGCGUGGCUCCCAACCCGUACUCAGCCCUGAUCCGCCCGACGAUUGCGAGAGGCGCACCUCUCGGCGGGAUUCCCUGUCACCGGAUAGCGCCUCGCGUGGCGGUCGUCGAGAUUCGCGGACGCAUCUAUCGCCGGAUCGAUCCCACGAGCGGGAUGGCAGUCCAAGGCGGCACACACUCCGGAGGCAGAGCAGUUCGGCAGCCAAAUCGCCGAGAUCGCCGGACUCGAACAGCUGCUGCUCCUCCCGGGAUCCAAGUCCCUGCUCUAGGCCACAAACGCAGACCACCGUCGAGCAGAACCAGCGGCCGGCCAUUCGGAGGCAGUCCACCACCGAGGAGAUCCUGAUCGCCAGGGGGUUCCGCCGGCAGUCGACCACCGAGGAGAUGAUCCGCUGCAGGAACUUCCGCCGACAGAGCUCCCAGAGCGACGACGUCUGUCGUUAUCGUGGCAGACGCGAUUCGUCGGCGCAGAUAAUUGACGGCACCAUUGGCACCAUGACCGUGGAAACAACCAGUACUUUUUUCGACUCCAGCACCCAGACAGAACCAUCGCCGCUUUAUGACAACAAUCACUAUCAUGAGGAGUGCCUGCGCUGCAAUUCGUGUGGUCUGAACUUGACUGGGCCCAACCAAAAACGGGCCAGGAGAUUCAAGAACCAGAUCCUGUGCGACCUGCAUUUCGCGGACGUGGCCCUAAUGGAGUGCUCCGAUUUCAUGCAGCAGCUGCGGAGCUUCAAGCCGCAAUCCUUGGGCUGUGCGGUGGCCAGGCGCAAAAGUUCCACGACGCUGAUAUUCCCGCUGCCACCUCAGGCUUGCUCAGAUGAGUUCUGCGAGGAGUAUCCGCACAAUCUGAUGCCCACUCCCGGCUACUGGAUCGAGUGCUCCCGCCAGAAGAUCACCAUGCCCACCCCGCACACCAUUUGGGAUGAGAGCGACUCGGAGCACGAGGACAUCCGGGCAGGAAGUGCCAGCGAUGCCUAUCUGGAGCGCGAGUGCAGCGAUCUGUACGAGGACGAUGAGGACUCAGAGGCCACGCCCAGUCCGCGCAAAAAGACCACCAUCGAGGAGCAGUGGGACCAGCAGGGCGCCUUCGAACUGAUCUCCGUGGAGCAGGAGACGUACGAGAAGUACUUCUACGGCACCGAGCACUGGAACUACUUCACCAGCGACGAGGACCUGGGUCCGGUCAUCCUGUCCAUCAAGCAGGAGACGCUCAACGGACGGGAUCAGUUCCGCAUCCUGGUACGGGCUGGUUCCUACACGGUGCACGGACUGAUACCGGCGUCCUGUGUGUUCGCAGAUAGAUAUAAUCGCGAGGAGGUAGUUAGAUCUUUAGGUAAAGAAGUUAAUUUAAAUCCACCUUUAACGUUAGGACAAUUACCCGAUACGCCAGAGGAAUUAUUAAAAUUAGAUCAGGUUUUUAUAAAAUCAGAGUUAAAAGUUGGCGUCAUAUUUGUCAAAGAGGAUCAGUAUACCGAAGAGCAAAUUCUGGACAAUAAUGAAAAUUCACCGCUCUUCGACGAAUUCCUUACUCUUCUGGGCGAUCGAGUUCGGCUGCGUGGAUUUGAUAAAUACAAAGGUGGCCUUGAUACGGUGCACGACCUGACAGGUCUCUUCUCCGUCUACACGAACUGGCGCAACAUCGAGAUCAUGUUCCAUGUGUCCACGUUGCUGCCGUACGAGAAGCACGAUCCGCAGAAGCUUCAGAGGAAGCGCCACAUCGGCAACGAUAUCGUCUGUGUGGUCUUCUUGGAGGCGGAUAACACACGUUUCAGUCCCGCCUGCAUCAAGAGCCACUUCCUGCACACCUUCAUCUUGGUCCGCGUUUCGGCCAGGAUUAAACACAAGCCCACGCGAUACGAGGUGUCCGUGGUGACCCGCGACGAGGUGGGUGCCUACAAGCCCUACUUGUGGGAGCAGUCCGUCUUCGAGAAGGGGCCGAUGUUCCGGGAAUGGCUGCUGACCAAGAUCGUGAAUGGAGAGAGAGCCUCGUAUUCGGCACCGAAAUUCGCACGAAUGCAGGAGCGGACGCGGUCGCAGAUGCUCGAGGAUCUGGUGAUGAAUCUAUCGAAUCAUGCGGAAACUGGACAGAUACCGAAGCCAUAUAGACGCGGCAGUUGGCGACCGAUCGGUCACAUGCGACCGUCGUCACCGCUGCUGGAUUCCGUUCGCGAUCAAUUCGAGGACUACGAUCAGUUGGCCAAGGAUUUUACCCGCGUAUUUCUAAACGAAGAACCAUCGUGCCUGACCAACGCCCAUCUCUUCGAUGUCGUAUUCCUGGUGGGUCAGUCCAAGCAAAAGGCUCGAUUUAUUGGAGUUCGAGCUAUUCUCGGAGUACGAAGUCGAGUCUUUCAGGAAAUGCUCUAUGGCAUUCAGACCGGCUUUGGAUCGCCGCAGAUUCCGGUGGCGGAGAUCUUUGCGCGACCAGCUCCAUCGCUGGUCUCCCCGCAGAAUCAGAAACCGAAGAGCAACAACUAUCUGACCGUUCCCGAUUCCGAUUCGAUACGACCGAAGAGCGUGCCCUCGUCGCCGAUGGUGAAGAGGGCCUUCUCCCGACUGGGAACCAUUACGGCCGGAUGGGGUCGGUCCAUACGGAACAAGAACACCAACCAGCUGAAUCCGGACGACAAGAAGAAGUGGAUAUCGUCGACAGAUUGUUCGAACAGGGACAGCAAGGACAAGGACAAGGACAAGCCGGGCAACAACCAGCUGGCCGUGCCACGCCUCUCCGUCUGCGCCGACGCCCAGAAGGUCGAUCGCGCCAAAUUGGCCCAAACGGAGUUCAACAUCAUCGAAUUCGAUCCGGACACAUUCCGGGUUCUGCUCGACUACCUGCACACGGGCACCUGUCCGCUGACCUGCGUCUCCAUACCAGGGCUACUUUGUGCCGCGGAGCACUACGACCUGCCGGAGCUGCUGCAGGCGUGCUUCCACCACUGCAAGCAGUUCCUGCGCAUCGAGGUGGUCUGCCCGAUGCUCAUCUCGCUGGAGAACUACUACUGGCGCUACACAUCCGCCUCCGAGCUGGUCAACAUGAUCCUGUCGUUCGUGGAGAGCAAGGCGCACUCGCUGUUCAAGUGCCCGGAGUUCCUGCACCUAUCCGAAUCGAUGGUGCAGAUGAUCAUGUGCCGGGAGCUGCAGACGCCCGAGAUACGAAAGUUUGAGGCAAUGCUGGCGUGGGCCCAACACAAGGUGGGCAAACUGAAAAAUCAUCCGAACAAGGACACCCAGUUCGAGUUCGAAUGCAUUAUGGAGCGGCUGACGCGUGAUCUGAAUCUGUGCCGGAUCUCGCCCAGCGAACUGCUCACCGUCGUCCUGCCCUCCAAAUCGAUGAAGAACGAACGCAUCAUGGAGACGCUCAUGGUGCAGGUGAAUCUGGGGACAUACCGGAUGCCCGAGUUGGAUGCGUACCGUCAGCAGUUGCGCCAGCAGGAGUCCGCCGAGGCCACCGUCCAGGUCCACCGGGCCCACCAGAACCACCACAAUCCGCCACCCAUCGAUGCCCGUGCCUAUGCCAUGGCCUCCCUGGCCGCCGCCCUUGAGAUGCAGAAUUCGUCGAAUCCCCACCAGCCGAAUCCCGCCCGCGAUGCCGCCGACGAGGAGGUGGAGCUAUAUGCCAGUUUCGAUAAUGCACCCAGCACCAGUCGGGUGGCCGCCCAAAUGCAGGCCGCCAAGGAGGCGCGCCGGAAGCGAUGGGCGGCCGAUGGGGCCAGCGGGAGCAGCGGGGACGGCGGAUGCGCCAGCGGGAGCAGCGGCAGCGGGCGGCGCUACUAAUUGGAUGGAUGUGUUCCCGUGUGACUGGGCUAAGACUUAUGGCAAAAACACAUAGAAAUUCGCCAUUAACUAUAUGAAGAACUAAAAAUUGUGACUUUUUCUCAGCCACAACCUUUUGGAAAUUGUAAUGACAAUUCGGAAGAACAUUUUUAAAAUAUUUUGAAAAUUAUAUAGAAUUGCAGUGGCGAAUUUCUUAAAUUUGAGCGUACUUUCAUGUUGUUUGAGGCGAAUAAUUCUGAGCAGUGAUUGAGAAAAUACCGAUUUUAUUUAGAAAUACACAAAUAAACUCAGUUAAGUUCAAGGGAGUUCCCUAGGCCCAAGAUCAGUUUAAUGCUUAAUGCUUUAAUUCAAUUUGAUAUGGAUUAUUCAUUCAUUAUAAAAUGCCGCUUAAAGGUGACUUGAUCAAUCAUUUUUACAAAUGCCCCAAAUUUCACGAAUUUUAAAAUGAAUGGGGUAGAUUUCGAUGAAAAAGUUCCUUAGAUUUUAUAAACAUAUUUUCUAGUUAGUAAUUCAUAGAGAAUAUUUCUAAACUCAAUGUUCAUAUAUAUAUACCUAGAUAGGCUACUGAUUUUGGGAUAUGAUUGAAGCUCUUAAGUAAACUUUUCAACACUGUGCGAAUAUGACUGGCUUGUGUGUGUGCAUAUGUGUGGGUUUGUGUGUGUGUGAUUGGUUUUGAGUGUGUGUGUGUGUGUGUGUCUAACCAACCUAUCGCUCGAAAGACGCCCGAUCUAUCCAAAUCGAAACUGACAUUGUUAACUCUUACAUUCACCCCGGAAUGACAAGAGCCCCCAAUUUUUUGGGGGAUGCAUAGAGAGAGAGAGCGGAGGGAGACGGCGGCCCAAACCCACCCCCUCCCGCCCCCCUCUACAAGAGAUAAUGGCAAAAGCAUAAGCAUUUUCUACAAGUAUUACCCAACAUACAUACAUGCAUAUAUGUGUACGUCGUGCAAGAUUUUCCUAGGAAGGUAUGUAGAACUAGUCUGUUAAGGAACCACUGUGGCAUUCGAUUUUUGAUACCCACACAAUCGAGGAUAAACAGAAAAACAAAAAGGAUAAAAAAAAAGUGCAGCAAGGAAAAACAUACGCAAAAAAAAGGGAAAAAACAAGAAAAGGAAAUAAAAACAAACGCUUACUGAUGUAAAACAAAGACUUAAAACUAAAAAAAAAAAAAACAUGAAACCAAAUGAAUAAAAUAUAAAACAAAUUUUUUUAAUCAAUGUUAUUGGACAAAUGUAAGCUGAACAAAGAGAUCCUCUAGCCCCGACCCCCGACCCCCAUUCCCAUGUCCAUUCCCAUUGUAAGCCAUUUUCCAGUUCCCUCGAUAAGAACGAGUUACCAGAAGAACUCAAUUUACGACCUAAGAAAAUACUAUAUGAUGUACUUAAAAUGUUCAAAAGAAUUGCAAGCAUAAUCUAACUGUUUGAACGCUUUUUUUUUGGUUUUUUGUAUUGUCUGUUAAUUUGUUACUACCAAAAGCCAAGGAAGCAUAUUAUAGAUAAGUAUCUACAUUUCCAGUCAAGUUGGCUGCACUCCUGAACAUUUAAUACUGGUUAAUAUAGUUAUGCUAAAAGUGAAGAGAGAGUCCAGAGAACCAGAAAACCGAUUCAUAAGUGCAAUAUCUAAGUGUAUGUUUGUAUAACCAAUAAAUUAACUUGACCUAAGUGAACCAGCAGGUGUAAAUCCCCAAAAACAGUCACUGCUUUUAUGAACAAACCAGCCAAAUGGGAACUAAAACUAUGGCCAUAACCACAAGGCCAAAACCAGCAAUAACUAAAACUUGAUUAAAUGAAAAAACCUAAAAUUACUUGUCAGCAUAGGCCUCCUUGAAGAAAAACGGAAUGAACCCUGCAGAUCAUAGAGCCAUCAAGAGUAGCCCAUAGAUAGCCCAUCGUUUUCCACAUUCCCUUUGGAAAUCAGUUGACCCAAUUUGUGCCCAGUACCAUUCCUCGGAUAGAUUUACUGAAAUAUUAUUCUACUGGAAUUCUUCAGUUGCUAAAAAGACCGAUUUUCGUUCAAUAAACUAAAGAUGGCAAAAAUUCUGAUGCAACAUGAAAACUAGAUGUAAACGGCAGCAUUUCCCAAAGGGUUUCACUUAAAUGUUCAAAGACGCAUAUAUCAAAAUUCAAUGUCUAACUGUACAACCAAGUUUAUCAAGUGUCUGGCAGGUCAUACAUAUGUAAGCAUAAGAUUAAGCAAUUACAAUAUAUAACAAAAAAGAAAAAAACAAGGCCAGAAGAAAAAGAACCCUAACAAGAAAGGCAAAUGGAAAUCAAUAAUUAAACGCUUUCAGUGUGCAAUAACCGAAUAACUAACAUUAACGUUUAAUAACCAGACUAAACUAACACAUAAACUGUAAGCCAAAAGCUAAAACUGGAAAAUAAUGAAUUUGGAAAAUAGUACAGGCAAACGUUUUUGGGGCCUGUUUUUUUUUUUUUUUUUUUUUUUUGAAAACUUGGAUUGCAACCGAAACGAGCAGAUAUAAUGCAAAAAAAAAAUAGGUAAAAACAAAAAUAAACUCUUCGAAGCAUUUUGAAGGCCGAGUGCCAUUCAAUUCAAAAGUUAGUUAUACAAAUGUUGUACGUUUUUUUGUUGACUAAUCUACGAACAUUGAAAAAAAAAAUAGCAACAGAUUUAAAUGAACAUAAAGCAUAGCUGUAUUUUUACCGUCGCUCUAUCGACUCAAAUAUACUGUUUGAACUGAAUGUACUCAUCCGAUUAAUAUGAAUGUAUUUACCGCAGAUAUCCGAUAUACCGAAAAUAAACAAUAAGCGCUGUUUCUAUAUGUUCGCCCCGAUCGCCACCGCCCACCGCCCACCGCCCAUCGCCCCUCUGCCGUAAUUAACCCACCCAACCACCGGACGGCAGAGUGGGUGGUGCGCAGGGUGGUGCGAAACGGGCUCACUUUUUUGAUAGCAGAAGAUUGAAUCCAGGCAGGCAAUCGAUGAACAAAAUUUGAAAAAAUAAAAAAACACCCGUGACUCCUUUUGAGCUGACGAUCUACAUCUACAAUAUACGCAAAUGAAAACCACACAAGACAUUUGUUUAAUCGAAAAAGAAAAAAGCGCAUUUAAAUGCGGAAUAAAGCUAAAUAAAUGUUGUAAUUGCCACAGCCAAGCAUAACAGGAGAAAAUUCAAUAAAAAUUAUAAAAGUAA